UGCGAAUUUCAUCACAGACUAUUGUGGAUGUUUUUCGAUGUUUUUCGACCUUCGCUCGUACGGCUACGGAAAGUUGUCGAUAGAAAGCUGAGAAAUAAACAUUUUUCCCCAUUUUUAAAAGGGUGGAAUGAAAUGAAACAUUGAGGUAAUAAUUGCAGGAGAGAGUAGAGGAAAAUUACAAACAGUGGCAAGUGUAAACGGACGUAACCAUGGCAGCUCAACGUGGGAAGGGUGAAUUUGGUUAUGGGUCGCUGGACAGCACGUCUGAUUCUCGAUACCAGGACGGACAGUUUGGAAGCGGGCAAAGUAAUGAAUUUGCAGACUUGUCACAGCAAGUCAGCUCGGCUAUUUUCAAGAUCAGCAACAAUGUCACAACCUUAGAGAAGGCAGUUCGACAACUUGGCACACCCAGCGACAGUACUCUGCUCCGAAACAGAAUCCAAGCCAGCAUCCAGACAACUAACAAAAUAGUCAGUGAGACGACAACGUGCUUGAAAGAUCUGACUCUGAUGUCCCGUAAUCUGGGAAAGUCAUCCAGGUUACAGGUUGACAGACUGACCAAUGAGUACCAUGAAUCAGUGCAACGAUACAGCGGCGUCCAAAAGAAAGUUGCCAGCAAGAUGAGGUCCUGUCCAAACGUUCCCCCCAAAGCCCCGCCUACAUCAGGAAGCAUGGAUGUGGUACAAUAUGACGAGUCCAAGAAAGCGCUGCUUGAAGAAACAAGGAGGCAGGGCAUUGAAUCUCAGCUGCAGGUUCAAGACCAACAGAUAGACUACGAUAUGAAUCUACUACAGGAGAGAGAGGAACAGAUCCGACAGAUUGAGGCAGCCAUGUUGGAUGUGAAUGAAAUAUUUCGUGAUCUUAGUGCAAUGGUGUCCGAGCAAGGAGAAGUUGUAGACUCGAUCGAAGCUAACAUAGAAAAGGCCUCAAGCAAUGUAGAGGGCGCCAACACACAGCUGCAGACAGCCAGCAGAUACCAGCAAAAAGCUCGGAGGAAAAUGUGCUGCAUCUUCGUGUGUGUGGUGGUGCUGCUAGCCAUAUUAGGCAUAAUUCUUGGCGUCACUUUGAGAUAAUUUUUUUUUUCAACACUGGUGAAUCCUUGUUUCAAUCAGAACAUCUAAGGAAACAAACUGUGUAGGUUCUUAAGUACUGGUGCAUAAUUCAGAAAUCUUUUAGCUCGAUCAACAGUAAAAACAACAGCUUUUUGGGCUGAUUUUGAAUGAAUGAGUUACAACUAUUGUCACUUAACUUGGGCCGCAGGACUUGUGAUUGACUUGUGAUUGAGAUAUUAAAUACAAAGAUACUCAUUUCUCUUAUGUUAUGGUAUAAACAAAUGUAUUAUCAAUUCAGUAACAAUCAAACUCAUGUAUAUAGCCGACAUAGUUAACCAGGAGGAUGUGCAUUGUGUAUUUUUACAACUCUAUGGAAACGACCACAUGUAAAAAUCUAAUUUCUAAAGAGUAAGACUACAUGUAGGAACCAGACAAUUUAUAGUGAAAACCACUCCAAUAGAUUAACCUUAAUAAUAAUAGUAUUACUAAUGUGGUACUUAUAUAGCGCUUUAUACCAAAGGUCUCAAAGCACUUCACAAUUAUUACCCCUGUUCAUCAGGCCAUGAGACCACUUUUUGCAGCAGUUUGAGAUCAGCGCAUACUUGUCUGUACCCUCACAGGUACCCAUUUAUACUCCUGGGUGGAGAAAGGCAAUUGUAGUAAAGUGUCUUGCCCAAGAACACAAGCAUCAGCGCAAUCUGGCCUCUACCCUC